AUGGCGUCCAGACUGGCGAGGAGCGUGGCUGGAGCCAGCAAACUCCGCCCAUCAACCCUCCCUCUCCGUGCUCUCACAGCUAGCACCCCGUUAACCACGUCCCGCUAUCAAUCGAACGUGCCCGCUCAACAAGAUCCUAAGAAAGCCGCACAAUCCAUCGUGGAUUCUCUGCCGGGCACGUCCCUCGCGUCCAAGACCGCCAUCCUCUCCGCGGGCGCCGGCAUUUCCGUCUGGGCCAUCAGCAAUGAACUCUACGUCCUGAACGAGGAAUCCGUCGUGGCCUUCUGCUUGCUGUCCGUCUUCUACGGCAUCUUCCGAUAUAUGGGACCCAUGUACAGCGACUGGGCGGACAACCAAGUGCAGCGGAUCAAGGACGUUUUGUACCAGGCGCGGACCAAUCACGCAGGAGCAGUCAAGGCGAGGAUCGAAGAGGUCAAGCCCUUGAGCAACGUGGUCGAGAUCACCAAGCAAUUGUUUGAGGUGUCAAAGGAAACCGCUCGCCUCGAGGCCGAAGCCUUCGAGCUCGAGCAGCGCACCGCUCUGGCUGCCGAAGCCAAGACCGUCCUGGACAGCUGGGUCCGCUACGAAGGGCAAGUCAAGCAGCGCCAGCAGAAGGAAUUGGCUGAUAGCAUUAUCGCCAAGGUGACCAAGGAGUUGGAAAACCCCAAGGUGCUGCAGCAGAUUUUGGCUCAGAGUGUCGCGGACGUGGAGAGAUUGGUUGCGAGCAAGAGUCAGUAA